AUGUUGGAGGGCUAGUGGUGGCGGCUCGGGAAGGUCCUCGCUCCGUCCGUCUCGCUCUCGCUCGCUUCCCCCGGCUCCCUUCGGUGCCCCGCCCCGGUCGCCUGCGUGCCGGAGUGUGUGUGUGCGAGGCAGGGGGCGGGCGUCCGGGGGGGUGGGGGGGAGAGGCUCCGGGCCCCGGGGAGGCCCCGCGGAGUGAGGCGGAGGCUGCGAGGGACUCCGGGAAGCCAUGGACGUCGAGAGGCUGCAGGAGGCGCUCAAAGAUUUUGAGAAGAGGGGUAAAAAGGAAGUGUGCCCUGUCCUGGAUCAGUUUCUUUGUCAUGUCGCCAAGACUGGGGAGACAAUGAUUCAGUGGUCCCAAUUUAAAGGUUAUUUUAUUUUCAAACUGGAGAAAGUGAUGGAUGAUUUCAGAACUUCAGCUCCUGAACCAAGAGGUCCUCCCAACCCUAAUGUUGAGUAUAUUCCCUUUGAUGAAAUGAAGGAAAGAAUACUGAAAAUUGUCACUGGAUUUAAUGGUAUCCCUUUUACUAUUCAGCGACUGUGUGAAUUGCUAACAGAUCCGAGAAGGAACUAUACAGGAACAGACAAAUUUCUCAGAGGAGUAGAAAAGAACGUGAUGGUUGUUAGCUGUGUUUACCCUUCUUCAGAGAAAACCAGUUCUAAUAGUUUAAAUAGGAUGAAUGGUGUUAUGUUUCCUGGUAAUUCACCAAGCUAUACUGAAAGGUCUAAUAUAAAUGGGCCUGGAACCCCCAGGCCACUCAACCGACCAAAGGUUUCUUUGUCUGUCCCAAUGACGACAAAUGGGUUGCCCGAGAGCCUAGACAGUAAGGAGUCAAACUUACAGCAAAAUGAAGAGAAAAAUCACAGUGACUCGCUGGCUUCUGAAUCAGAAGCGUCUUCAGUGAGCCCUACGAAAAACAAACACGCAGAAGAAGAUGCCGGAGAAGCCGAGGGCCGGGAAGUGAAGAGACUGCGGUUUGAGAAAGAAGGGGAAGUGGGGGAGGCCGCCAGUCAGAUGGCUUCCAGUGAGAGUUCCUCAGCAGCAGGGCCAGACGGCUCGUCUUCACCCCAGGGUAAAGACAAGGAAGGCCGUGGCAGCAGGCAGGACUGUGCUGGAGAGGACGAGGAAGAGGACGAGGACGAGGAAGAAGAGUCUUUUAUGACAACAAGAGAAAUCUCAGAAAGAAAAAAUCAAGAGAGAGAAUGUGAUGAUACAUUAACUGUGAACGAAGAGACUUCUGAGGAAGGCAGUCAGAUGGAGGAUUCCCCUGCGUCUCAAGCUGAGAAGGAUUCCCGCUCGGAAGGUCCUGAAGAUCCAGGCCCUGCGAGCAGUGGCUCCAGCUGCCAGCAGGCAGCCGGCUUGGAAGGAUCCAGCAGCUCCAGUGAGACUGGAGAGCUGUCGGAGUCCUCCAUGGAGAAUGACGGCGACGCUGCCCAGGCCCCCGAGGAGCCGAUGGAGCAGGACUGACCGCCGAGGGGCGCGGGGGUGCAGGCCUUCACGCACAGCUCUGGUUUACACUGUAGAAAACUCGGGAAGAGAAGCAGGUCACCGCGUACUGUGAGGGGGAGUCCUGAAAGGUCGUACGUGUGGGGACUGAAUACUUCUGGGUCCUGCUCACCGCUGACUGUUUUUUUGGUCUGGUCAAAUCAGUGGUUUGUGUAUAGAUGUGUGUGUGUGGUUUUUUUUUUUUGUUUUUUUUUUUUAAGGGUUAAAGUUUUUAAACUGGAAAAUAAUAAUUAUAAUUUGAAAACUUUGUUGAUGAUCACAUUUAGUUUAUACAUAUGCAAGAAAGCUUUUUGUCUUCUCUGAACACUCUGGCCGUUUUCCUGUUUUGGUCAAAGUUUCAAUAUUUUAACAUGUGAAUUGUAGGGUUUCAUGCUGGUUUCCAGGUUUUAUUGUUUGUGUACAAUGGAACUCUAAGUCAUAUAUACAUAUAUAUAUAUAUAUAUAUAUAUAUACAUAUAUAUACAUAUAUAUUAUUCUAAGGGGGGAAAUGUUAUAUUUUUCUGUUUCUAUAAGAGAUGAAUACAGUGGAUAACUUUUUCUAUUGGUAAUGAUUGAGUUCACCUCUUUCAGAAGGCAUUUUCUUUCUCUUCUGAAUAAUUCAAAUAAAAUCUGGCCCUUGUGAAACCCUGGACAUCUUGUCUGUUGAAAUAGCAGGUUAAACACAUUCCAAGGAACCUGUUGAAGCUGAAGUUCUUGUGUCUGCUUCGGAGGGGCCUGAGGAGAAAACACGGUUGUUUGUGAGAGGAUGUGCUUGCCUCGGAACUUGGGUUCCAGCGGUACCUUGCUGUGUUCUAGAGUGAAUGCUUACAAAGCUGAUAUGAGAGCAUCUCAGAAGAUCCAGGCAGGUCCCUUGACUUUGUGCUUGCUUUCCUACACAUUUCUUUCUAAAUUAUUCUAGAGUACGCAGAUGUCAAUGGUAAGAAACACCACUGUACUGGAAAAAUUAAUAUAUUGCUUUAGUAAUGUCCCUGAGCUAAGUAGGGUGUUAGGGGUGCAUAGAAACCACCAUAAUUUGUAUGACAUUUUGAAGUGAAUUAAAUAUUUUUGAACAUACUUCUUUGACAGCCAGUGUUAUAUUUUUCAAAUCAACACAAAGCACAAUGAUUACUCUAAACUCAGCAUUUUAAAAUUCACAUAUUUAAAAGUUAUGCGAGCUGCAACUUCCCUGUCAAAAUUACUGGCUGCCAAAUUUAUACCUGUUUCCUCAGCUGUACUUUUUGAUAUUUAGAAUUUUUAAAUUUGUGUAAAGUAGAUUUUGUAGGCUGUCCUGUGUUCACUGCCUUUGUGAAGCGGUAUAUCAUUGUACAAUUUCUGUGUGUAAACUGAAUGCUUGGGCUUUCAAUACAGUAUUCAUAUAAAGCAAUAAAUAUUAAUGUUAUAAAAUAUUGGAGUACAUUUUUAUCAAAAUGUGAGAACACCUUUUUUAGUGUCAGAAACCUGAAGUACACAGAUGAACUUAGAAAAAUGAGGAAAAGAAUUCCUAACCUUGUCUCAUAUUUGGGAAAUUUAGAGAGAGAUUACAAAAUUUUGCAUUUUAACAACUAAACUUGCUGUGACUAAAAAUACCAAAGUGAUUUGGAUCCAUUUAUGUUUGUAGGAUAAUAACAUACUACUGACUUGCUCACAGCAACUAGUUAAAUAUAUUUAUGAAUAUGUCUAACAGUUGAAAUAAAAACUGAAAUGAGUUACUGUACCCAAUAGGAGUAAAAGCAAACACUGUAAAUUUUUAAAAUUUUUUUGCAAAAAUAUUAUAAAGUUAAUCUUACAUGUGACAUUCAUUUGUAAUGACCUAUUAAUUUUAUCAAGUGAUAUUUUGCCAGUGAGAACAGAUUUUAAGCAUUUUAAGUUUGGAAACUUUUGAGAUUUUCUUUAGGAUAUUUAUGAAAUUCCUGUCAAUAAACGUGUUCUUUAAGAUCCUGUGACCUUUUGAUAUUUUUUAUUUUAAUUGUGCCAUGGACCAUUUGUAAACGUCGUCCGUUUGUUUUCAUUGGUUCUAAGUUGGAUAUUUAACAUCAUGACUUUUGAGGUCUGUGGUUUUAUUUGUAAACUUGCAAUUAGCUAUUUUUUGCAAGGGCAAAUGUAGUUCUUUAUUAAAUAAAGUACAAUGAUGGUGAAUGUACCACAAUGACACCACUUAACUCUAUGAGAAAUCCUGCAUUUUAAUCUGUAGUUUAAUAGUGUUAAUAUUUAUUAGAUACUCAUUCGUUGAUCAUAGAUCUAAGCUGUUGCUGUUGAUGCAGAUAACUAGAAUGCUAGUGGAGCGUCAUUUUGAAGAUAGCUGGACUCCUGUGGUAGAGAUGGGAGACCUUGUUGAGCUUGCUUCAGAUGCUGAUGGCCACUGGGGAGCAGGUUUCCACAAGUAUGCCUACGUCCACUUAAUGCAGACUCUCCUGAAUGAAAAUGCCAGUUCUGACUCAUUUGUGAGUUUUUAAAAGGCUUGUUUUAGGCACAGUUUGUUAACACACAUCAAGCAAAGUCCUAUUAAAAGAUCCAUGUGAAGAGUGAAGACCUUGGUGGGUAAAGGCACUUUGUCUCUGAACCCAACGUCGCAGGAAUCAGAAGACGCUUACGAAGAGAGAGUGUAUGUGAUGUGUUCUUAGCACAUUUCCCUCUUCAAGUGAAAACCUCUUCAUACGUUUUUGCAAACUCCCAUGUUUUCAUUUCUCAAGUUGUAGCAGAACAGAAAUAAAGUAGUGAACAUGUCCUGUUUUCAAUGUUGAUUAGAUUUGACUAAUCCACAUGAGGUUUGUUUUAACUACACCUGUCACGUAUGGCUGCAGCACCCAGUUGCCAUUUGGGUGCCAUUACGUGGGUCCUCUGGCUGGCAGGGGAGUCCCAGCAGCCAUGGGCUGGAGACGUGGCCUCUCCCAGCGUGAGGUCAGAGGACUUUAUUUUGCCAGUGUAGAUAGGCAUGUAUGUAUGCAUUUUUGCAUUUGUAAAAUCAGCAAUUUCUCAAAUAGUGUAAAUGUAAUAUACUAGCUUACUUACAAAGGUACCUGGGCAGAAUCUAAAGCUGCUACAAUGUUUGUGAAAAAAUGUAGCUUGUGGUGAGGAUGCAAAUGCAGCUUGUAGAACCAAAGGAAAUAAAAAUUGGGGGUAGUUCACAUUUUUUUUUUUUUUUUUUUUUUUUUUUUUUUUGAAGAGGAGUUUCUUACGUACAUUGGUUGGAUGGAAUGAAGGUCAUUUCUCUUGCGAUAUGUGCUGAUCAUAAAAAUGGAUGAAUGCAAAAACAUCUGUAAUUUCAUAUGAAAGUAUUACGGUUAGGUUUGCUUGGUUGUUGGCCUACUUAUAAGAAUGCAAGUAUGUAUUGGUUAGAAUACAUCUAAUUCACGUUUAAGAAAUAAUCAGUACACUUAAGAAUUUCAUUUCAACUCGGAACCUAGAUUACUUUGCCAAAUAAAUGUGUUAUUUUCAUAAUACAAUAAAGUAUAAAUUAGAAGAUAA